UGCUAAUUCGAUGCCACGCCAGUUUCUCAAAUUCUAUUGGCAGUUUUACUGUGUUGCUAGCGCAAACUUCUCUAAGCUAAUUCUAUAUAUAUAUAUAUAUGAUAUAUCUUCUAUGUCCUUAUAGAAGCUUAAUUGAUUUCCUUAUCUUCUUCUCCCUCCAUUUCUCUUCUCUUAUAUUCCCAUUCCAUUCAUAGAUCUAUUAUUGAUGUAAUUAAGAAUGGCAAGAGUAUUUCUGUUUUUGCUAGCGUACGCUUUAGCUCUUUUAGCUUCAUCAUCAACGGCUUCUGCUGCAAUAGUGGAGCAUUCUUUCUACGUGAAAAACCUAACGGUGACUCGGCUGUGCCAGGAGCGAGUCAUAACAGUAGUAAAUGGAAGCCUUCCAGGCCCCUCUAUACUCGUAAGGGAGGGUGACACCCUCGUCGUACACGUCUUCAAUGAGUCUCCUUAUAACCUUACUAUCCACUGGCAUGGAGUUUUUCAACUUCUAAGUGCAUGGGCAGAUGGACCUGUGUAUGUAACCCAAUGUCCCAUUCUUCCUGGACAUGGUUACACUUACAGAUUCAAUAUCACCGGACAGGAAGGGACACUGUGGUGGCAUGCACAUGUGUCUUGGCUCCGAGCAACGGUCUACGGAGCUCUCAUUAUCCAACCAAGACCUCCAAGUUCCUACCCAUAUUUCAUUAAACCCCUCAAGGAGAUACCCAUUUUACUCGGGGAAUGGUGGAAUGCUAACGUCAUCGAUGUUGAGAACGAGGCACUUGCUACCGGUGGUGCUCCUAACAUCUCCGACGCUUUCACCAUUAAUGGAUAUCCCGGUGAUCUCUACGCUUGCUCGAAAAACCAAACAUAUAAUUUAAAUGUGGUGAGAGGGAUGACAAACAUGCUACGCAUAAUCAACGCUGCACUCAAUAACCAGCUCUUUUUCAAGAUAGCCAAUCACAAUAUGACAGUUGUCUCCGUGGACGCCUCUUACACGCAACCCUAUGUCACCGACGUUGUCGUUUUAGCUCCUGGUCAGACCACAGACGUCCUCGUCACCUUCAAUCAGCCUCCAGGCUCUUAUUACAUGGCAGCUAGACCCUACGCCAGCACUUUUCCGGAAGUACCCUUCGACAACACGACCACUAGGGGCAUCAUCCAAUACGUGGGCUCCAGGUCACAAGCGCCACUCAUGCCGAUUCUACCGGCCUUUAAUGAUACCCCAACGGCCCACAAAUUCUUUUCCAGCCUAACUGGGCUAGCCAAUGGGCCCCACUGGGUCCCUACCCCACUCCACGUGGAUGAACAAAUGUUCGUGACAGUAGGAUUGAAUCUCGAACUUUGCGCCACUUGUCUAGGUGGGACACGACUGGCUGCGAGUAUGAAUAAUCAGUCGUUCCAGUUACCGAACACGCUGUCCAUGUUGGAGGCAUUCUUUUUCAAUGUGAGCGGGAUCUACACAGAUGAUUUCCCUAACCAACCGCCUGUCCAGUUUGACUAUACGAAUUUAAACCUCAGCGCCGACCCAACGCUGGAAUUUACCCAAAAGUCAACGAAAGUGAAGAAUUUGAAAUUCAAUUCAACGGUUGAGAUUGUUUUCCAAAACACUGCGUUUUUAGGGAUUGAAAACCAUCCUAUACAUCUCCACGGUUUCAACUUCCAUGUAUUGGCACAAGGGUUUGGUAAUUACGACGCCGUUAAUGAUCCUAAAAAAUUCAAUUUGGUUAACCCGCAAGCAAGGAACACCAUUGCCGUACCAGUUGGAGGCUGGGCUGUUAUCAGAUUCCGAGCAAAUAAUCCAGGUGUAUGGAUAGCACAUUGCCAUCUGGACGUCCACUUACCGUGGGGCCUGGCUAUGGGUUUCGAGGUGGAGAAUGGACCCACACCAUCUUCUACGCUGCCUCCACCACCACCUGAUCUACCCAAGUGUUAAAGAUUAAUGAUUUGUUUUCUCACUCUUUGUAUUAUUCAUUGAAUUUACUAGUUUGUAUUUGGCUCUCUUUUUUUUUUUUUUGUUGGGGUGAAAACUAGUUUGCAUUUGGUUAAUUGCAAGAAAUUAAAUUUAAAAUAAUCAAUGAUAGUCAUUGUUUUAAUUUGUAAUUUAUACUGUAUUAU